AAUGGCAGUCAGUUAGCUGCAGACGACGCGACGCCACGGAACAGCUGCCAGCAGCGAAUUUUGGGGCAACGCUUCUUCAUAUCCUUGUCGCGAACGCGUCGGCAUCUCAUUCUCGCUCGCUCUCGCUCUCACUCUCGCUCUCGCUCUCGCUGUCAGUCACUAUAUCGCAAUUUAGACGCGCUUAUCAGCAGACGCUUUCGAAAUGCCGUCGCUGCGUUGCGCUUAGUUCGUAGCAUACUUUUUUGGUGUAACAUAUCAGAGCAACAACAUCAGCAACAUCGACAACAUCGACAGCAUCUGCAGCUUGCAACAUGUUUUGGAUCUUACGGCGCACUGGCGCCGCCAAUUUCUUCAACUCGCUGAACAACAAUUGCAGCUUCAGCAAGAGCAGCGGCAAUGGAGCCGCCGGCGGCAAUGGCAACCACAGCAACAGCACCCAGGACAAAUAUGUGAAGCGGCCGCCACGCAAGGCUUACGGCCGGCUGAGCGCCGAGGCGGACGAUGCGGUGUCUCUGGGCCAUAAAAUCGAUGAUCCAUUCGAUGAGCUAGACGACUUUGAAAUGCUGGCACCUGGCGCCGCCAGCAGCAGCAACAGCAGCAACAUCAAUAACAGCAACGGCAACAGCAACAAUGCCAACCACAACCCGAGCACGAACAGCAACAACAUCAAUGGGCAGGACGAGGCCAAUGGCAAUGAGAAGGCCAUGCAACUAUUGGCAUGCACGAACGCCGAUUGCCAGGGCAACUUUGUGGUGGAGAGCGCAUUAUGUGAGCUGGGCCUAUGCCAGGCCAAAGGCAAAUCAUCAAAGGACCUCUCCACAUCGGCCAUGUCCAAGCAGAUUAACGAAAGCACAAUAAGCCGACUUCACGCACUGGCCAUGGCCGACGAUGACGAUGACUACGAUGAAUCGCUUACCUGCAAUGUGUGUGAUCGCUCCUUCCAUUGUCAUCGGCAGCUGGCCUCGCAUCAGCAGAAGAAGCGACACUUUGGCUGCAGUGGAUGCGACAGUUUGUUCCCAUCGCUGAUGCUGCUGGAGCAUCACAAGGAGGAGUUUGAGCAUUGGAGCGACGAUGAAAUGGGUCGACGCGUUUGCUGUCGUCGCAAUCGCUGCGAUGAUGACUACUUUACAGACACCGACUCCUACAUCAGUGAUGCGGAGAGCGAGGACCUCGAACGGUUGUUGUAAACACUCUACAGCAACAGCUGCAGCUGCACGACGAUGAGUCGCGCAGCUGUUGCCGUCGCUUAAAAAAAAAAAAAACAAAUGUGUGUGAUGUCAAAGGCAAAGCCUUUGGGAGCUGGCAUUGUGCGGCGUCAAUUGUAAGGACAGAAAGCUGGGUAAACGGCGCACCGGAAAUGACCGAGAGUACUGCGAGCAAGCGCGAGUGCGAAUGCGAGUGUAGCCCAUAAUGAAAAUAAAUUAAACCCGCUGACAAACAAAGCUCACGAACAAUGGGAAUGGAAAUGUGGCACGCAACCUCAGCGGCUGAAAUUCGAAAACAAGUCAAACGAAUUCUUUGCGAUGCAGCAUAUGGUAUUAUUUUAUAGAGUCUAACUGCAGACCCAUAGCGAAUGGUCUUAAAACAAAUACAAGAGCAUAUAUAAAUAUAAAUACAAACAUAUAUAAAACAG